GUGCCCCCACUCACAUUGGUUCCUGGGCUUGCAGUGGUACUUGCAGAAAUAAAAAAAUAAAAAGCUACAAACUAAUGGUUGGUGAAUAUUCGAGCGGUUGUUGUGUAUAAUAAUUAAUAUCAGCCCUUAAAGAAGGCUAAAGAGACGAGUGCGAGAGAGCGAGCGAGAGAGAGAGAGAGUUAAGAUAACAGAUAUGGAGCAAGUGAAGGGAGUGGUAAAGCACAUAGUCCUGGCCAAGUUCAAAGAAGGAGUGACCGAAGAAGAAAUUGAGAAACACAUAAAAGACUACGCCAAUCUGCUCAACCACAUCGAACACAUGAAGUCUUUCCACUGGGGGACAGACGUGAGCAUCGAGAACCUUCAUCAAGGUUUCACUCAUAUCUUUGAGAUUACUUUUGAGACAUUAGAUGGCCGAUCAGCGUAUGUAGCUCAUCCUGCUCAUGUUGAUUUUGGCACUGCUUUCUUGACUAUCUUGGAGAAAAUCGUCGUGGUCGAUUUCGUGCCCACGCUCGUUAAACUCUAAAUUGUUCUGGGCAGCACGAUUAACAGGCUCCUGCUGCGCUGCAUGUUCUAUAUACCGGCAUGCUUGCUAGCUUUUAAAUUGUAUGCAAUAAACGGAGGCCUAUGUUGAACCUCCAUUUGUUUGUGUGUAUUCUGGAUCUUAAUCUAAUAAUGGCAAUCGUCAUUUGGGACUUUGUAUCAGUGAUUUAAAGACUUGUUUCUAUGAUCA